AUGAGAUCAGAUGGGUUUUCAACGUAUCAUCAAACUUCAAACCCCAAUGAUCCGUCUAGCUACGGUUACUUCCCCACCGGUAAACCUGCGCCAUUUCCAACAAACACCGAGUUCGAAGAUCGCCAACGCCUCAUACACCAAAAUGCCCCGACAGGCUUCCCACGACCAGUACAGCGCCAGCCCUUGCGAAGAAGACUCGGCAAAACGGGAAUGACCAUCAUUAUCCUCGGAACAAUCGUCAUUAUCGCCUCAUGCGCUCUCCUCGUCUAUCUCUGGCAAGGCGCCGAGAAAGCGCGCAACAGACAGCCCCGAGGCAAAGAAUGGGACAGAAUCAUCUUUGAGGACUACGCAGCGCAAGUUGCAACACUUUGCUCUGCUGCAAUCAGAGUGUCGAUGGAUCUCCAGACUUGCCUCGCUGCUGCGUCAAUGGCAGCCAUUGUCCUUGAAACCGCCGGUUGCCGACUCUCUGAUCUGGCGCGAUUGUCAAUUUCCAGAGCCUCUAGUUGUGAUGCAAGCCCAUGGGAUAUCUUCCUCAUCACAAAAGGCAAUAGGAAGACAUUGUUCCACUGCAUCAUCCUACUCUUUAGUUUCAUGCUGAGCCUUGCAAUGACUUUCACGUCGACGAUUUUGCUUUUCGACUUUAAGGCGCUUCCAAUCGCCGCACCGAUGGUCUCACAGUCAAUCUAUGUUGGGUUUGAUAUAUCCAAGGACACAGCUGUGUUCUCUGGUGUAUCUUACUGGCAGUCCAAACCGUCAGCACAUUGGCGAUUUGCAGAGACGCGGCCUUCGAGCCAGAAACUUGCGCCUAAGGAUGUGGCAGACACUGGAGACGUUUAUCGAGCCAUGAUACCAAUGGCUAAUGUUGAUAAUCGAACUUCACUGGAAUAUUACUCUGGGCCUACGAUUGUCAGUAACAUGAGGACAGCAUGUGUAGCACCAACCUUCAAUGAUGCCACAUUCGAGUAUAUAUACACUGGAAGCAAUGCUACAGAAGGUCUUUAUCUCCAGGCAGAGUUCAACAGCUCGACUGGCUGGGAGUCAGGGCCCAGCAUAAACGGUUCUUAUCCAGCGACACUCUCGUGCCGUAUCAACAACGAAUGGGACCAAGCGAAUUCGACGUCCUGGCCAAUAUCGUUCUGCAGUUUCAACAUGAAAGAACUAGCACCCAAGAACAACAGUUUCACGAAUCCCCUUUCUCGUCAUCCAUACAACUUUCAUCCCGUACUUCUCCUCAACGCGAGCGAUAGUCUGAUUCAGUUGAGACCCAUGUAUGACAUGGCUACAAACACGUGGUCGAACGUGACAAUUCCGGGGGAUAUGCAAAUGGCAAAGUCAACGAGCAAAGGUCCAUGGACGACAGCGACGAAUAAGAACGGUACUCAAAUCUUCCAAGCGAGUGUGUGCUUCCUCACUCAGAACACACCACUUCUAUACAACGUCACCAUGACAGGUAGAGCAAUACCAUCCGAACCAACGUCGAUUGCAAAGUGGAAAACACUACAGGGCAAGAACGGAACCCAAUUUCUCAAACAGCUCGGCAUAGGCGUAUCCCCCUCAGAUACUGAAGCAAGAGGCAUUCUAGAUCUGGAAGUGCUCUCAGGGCCAGCUUCUAUGGCGGAUACAGGCGUUGCUGACUGGGAUGAAUGGGUCUACCAAAUGAUCCACUCCAGUCUUUUCGACUAUAGUAUUUCCGGCGGAUGGACCUUCAACAACGAUGCUCUGCAAGGGUGGUUUGAUACAUUAGCGAAUUGGCCGGCGCACCCAGAGCAUUCACAUCUCUUCCAGAGUGUUCUCCAAGAAACAGAUGAUCCAGCACGAGCAGUCCAGGAGUUGUUCUUUCGAUUCUACCAAAUGAUCUUCCACGAUAUCUUACCCUACUUUACUCAACAACAAACCGUCUCUACGAUAAACGUGAAACAUGUUAUCAUUCCGAAUCAAUGGACGGGCUUAAUAAUUAUUCUGUCCGGUGUUAUCCUCCACUUGGUUCUUACGCUGAUAACUAUCAUCAUGUUUAUGGCUUCGACAAAGAGCUCUAUCCUUGGGAAUGCAUGGCAUGCUGUGUCGCAGAUCGUUUCGCCAGAGACGAGUGUUGUGGUGGAGACUGUGGCGAGUAGUGGGAUGAGGGAUGUUGAUGUUGCGAAGUGGGCGGAGUCGACGGGUUCUGAUGAACGUAUGUAUGGGUUGUCGACAUGUGCUGAUAACAAGGUUCGUAGACGGUAG